GAGUUCUAACGAUUGUGUCUAAUGUUACUGUAUCAGGUGAUGCUCGUCGUGCAGGAGGGAAGAUCCCUUUAUAUGUAGGCCGUGCAUCUAGGUCUGGGAAAACAAGAGCGAAAGCUACUACACCAAACUUUAAAAAGUUGCAUGAGGCCCACUUUAAGAAAAUGGAAUCUAUCACUGACUACAUUGAGAGGAAAAAAAAAAUUAUUGAAAACUGCAACAGUUCUCUCAGCAAUGUCAAGAAACAAACCAAUGGGAAAACAUUUUUAUUCAGCCCAAAUCCAGAAAGAGGCAGAUUCUCCACCACCUGCACUCCUAGUAACCUCCAGCGCUCGCCACGCAGUUCCCUGAACGCUGCCAGUCGGAGUAUUUUAUCUAGGAAAUCUUCAUUUCAUCCUUCUGUCCUUUCAACUACCAAAAUGAAUGUCAGGUUCUCAGAAGCCACAAAAGAUAAUGAGCAUAAGCGCUCUCUUACCAAGACUCCCUCUAGAAUGUCUCCCUUCGUGGAGGAGAUCUGCACACCUGAGAGCCAAAAGAGCCGCAAACUCAUAAACCGCAAAAGCAGCAAGGGAAAUGCGGGAGAUCAUGAUCUGACUGCACCAAAGGUUAUCACCCCCUUCAAGUUUGCAGCUCAGUCUGCAGAACCCACAAGCGCAAAGAAGACAUUUGAUCUCAAAGCAAGUCUCUCGAGGCCGCUUCGGUAUCAGCCACAUAAAGGACGACUAAAACCUUGGGGAGAAUUUAAAGAAAAUCCUGUCCUGAGUAAGUCCGUUGGUAGCAACGUCUCUGCACUGAAGAAAGAUUACAAACAGCCACGUCUCCAGACAAGGGAAGAAAGGCGUGAGAAACAUGAGCAAGAGAGAAAAAAGAAAAAGGCUCAGGCUCUUGGAAACCGUAGAGGACUAUCUGUGGAUUAG